AUGGAAUCAGUUAACGUAUGUCGGUGCUGUUUAGCUGAGGGGUUUCACAGGGAUCUAAAUUCAUCAUAUACUUGGUUAGACAAAAAAGAAAUUUAUUCAGAUAUGUUACUGGAAUGUUUCAAUAUUGUUUUGUCUGCAGAUAAAAAAUCUAAUUCUAUCUGUAAUCUGUGCAUCAAAAGCCUAAGGAGCUCUCUGUGCUUCAAGCAACAAGUGUUGAAGACUGAGUUUCAUUUCAUUAAAUGGAUUAGAAGAGAAAAAAAGACCAGAUGGCGAAACUUUGGAAUUGAAGGAGGAACAUAA